GCCUGCCGGGUGCCAGCAGCUUGAGCGUCAGGCGUAAGCGUCUGCGUAGCCCUCGUGUUACACCCGCUCAAAUUGAUGCACUACUAUCAAUAUUAGAAGCGCGUCCAUAUUUGCACACGCGGAAAUUUACCGGCUUGCAGGGCCGGGAAAAUUUCGAAACGGGCUGGAGGGAGGUUGCCGAGGAGCUCAAUAAUCUCCCUAACGGGUCUAGAAAGACACCAGAGCAGUGGAUGACGGUUUGGAGAGACUUAAAAAGCCGCGCUUGCAGUAAGGCGGCAAAAUUAAAAAAAGAACAAAAACGUACCGGCAACCGAGGCGUCAGCACUGCUCCCCUGACCGAGGCCGAGAGCCGGAUAAUUUCAAUAGUUGGGGCAGAUUAUUCCUUUGGGACAGACUGCCCGGACGCUAUGCCAGAGGAAGAUUUAUUACAACAUGAGAUGGAGGCUGGGGUGGUAAUCUCUGAGGUUCUCACCUUACCUCAUUCUCAGGCUAGAGAUUUUGUGGAAUUGUUACCGACUGAAACAACAAUCAAUGACAGCAGAGCAACGGCUGGUUCUUCACCACCACCCAUCCAAGAACAAGUGCAAGAUGCCCCUCAGUCGCCAGUACUACAAAUGACAGUACGUGGCAGAAGGACAGAAACUGUUGCAUCAUCAACACCACCACUGCGACAGAGACCCAGAAGAAAGAGGAAUCUGAAUCCUCGCCAAAGUGUUUCUGAGCAAUAUAGUGCAGCUCGACGAGAAUUUCUAGCAGUUGCAGAAGCAAAUGCUGCUACAAUGAAGAUGCUGGCAACUGCUGCUCAAGCGCAAGCAGAUGCUGCCAAGAUGCAGGCUGAGGCAGCCAAGGUACAAGCCGAGGCGACGCUGCAAUUGGUAAAAGUCGGAAACAAAAUAGCUGACGCAAUAAAUAAUUACAUAAAUAAAAAUAAUAAAUGAUA